GGCUGCGUUUGCUGGUUUUGACUGUGGCCGAGGCAAAUAUCAAUCGGCCUGUUUAGUCUAUCGUUUACCUCUCGAGCUGACGCGCGAAGACCAGCCUCGGAUCUGAAGUGUUUGGUUGGGGAGAAGUUACUCAUCAUCACAGCUGGACACCGAGACAGCACUAGCAGCAGGGAAAGGACAUUCGGCAGCAGUGGAUUGGGAUCAAUCCACACGAUACAACGAUUAGUAGUGCGCUGCUUCCGCGGAGUGUCCCUGAAGUAGGUUUUCUACUAGCAUAAAACGGUCGGUCUACUAAGAUCUUCCAUUUUUUGGGUGAGUGAUUUUUUGGUAAACAAACAGCCUACGUGGAUCACUUGUUCUAGCGACAGAAGAAAAGAUAAUCAUCCAGUUCUGUUCAGUGGUGAUAAGGAUAAAAAUAAAAGAAAAGUAAAGGAUAACAAAAGUGAAACAGAAGAAUAAUAUCGAAUAAAUAAGUAAAAUAAAUAUGAAAAAUAAAACGGUUUAAAAGUGUACAUACAAAAAUGAAUGUAUAAAAAGGAUGAACCAAACCAAUGUAGUAGGCAAGAAAGGAAAAAAAUCGUUGCAUCUGUCAGUUUGCCGUAGAACCGGAGUGUCCUGACAGCGCCUACUGCGAUCGACAGCGUUUUGUCAUCAUCAUCAUCAGUCGGGCUUUUGUGAAUUCUGUUCUGUUUUGAAACGGUGCCGAAAACCCGUGUCCGGGUUUGUGUUUCUGUUCGGCGGUUGUGCGGCUGUGGAAAAGUAUAGCAAAACAAAAGCACCGAAAACGAGCAGGAAAACAACACAGAAGGGAAGGAUCUGAAACCAGAAAAAAUAGGAAACGGAUCCGUGUGCAAUGUGAAUGUGGGUUCCUACGUUGAGUUUUUCCCUUUCUGGUGUUGUGGAAGUCAGACGAAUUUCUGGCCGAAAGCAAACAUACAAAAAGAAGAAUAUUAUUAUUAGGGGAAUGAUUGAAUGAUGUGAACGCAGUGGCAAGAAGAAGGAAACAGCAGCUAAUGGAUAUCCUUAUGUCAUUUAUGUAACCGAGUAUAUCAGAAUAUUGCAAACCGAAGCAGGCGGUGCGCGCCUAGAAUCCAGUUGCCAUUGGAAAUCAGCUGUCCGUUGAACCCAAAGAAGUGUGGCGACCGACCGCCAGUUUCUAGUGCCAAUGCCAAUGGUUCUAUAGAUGGUUAAGCUGCUGUGUUGGGUGUGAAGUGUAAUAAGCCACUUUAAAUUGGUACACAACGAAUAACCAGUGAAUCAAAACAACAAAUCGACACACGCUUCCAACAAUAGUAGCGAGCUACACAACAACAACAACAACAACAACAACAACAACAACAACAACAACAACAACAACAAAACGGCAAUAGUGCAAAAAAAAUGUGAAAACAAAGUGUCAACACAAAUUUGCCUAGUGUGAACAGCAGCAGAAUAACGAGCGCAAAGCGAAGGCGAAGAGAAUCCGGAGAUGCUACUAAACUAGCAAAAAAAGCUGUGUUAGCACGCGUGUGUUACGACAGUGAAACAGGAAGACAUCGAAGUAAAACGGCAACAAAUACAUCAUUUCUGCAACAUUGAGCAAAAGAAAAGAAGAAAGUAGCGGCGAAAUACCUACCUUGGUGAAUGUUGAUGUGCUUAGGAAGAAAGUAAACGAAGUGAAAGAGUAGAAGUACGUACCUUCAACGCAGCAAAGUAGGCGAUUGCUGAAGGAAGAAGGCGAGUGCUAGAAAAAAAAGAUAAAAUCACAGUGAGUGAAGAUUGUUGUUGCUGUUGUCAUCAAUACAAAUCGAUCAAAGAAGAGCCUACUUUGUUUGCGCGGUCUCUCGCUUCGCUGCCCCAAAGUGAGAGAUAAGUGUGAUAAAGCGAGCAGCAGGUACAGAGCGAGUGUGUAAUCAAAUUGCACCUGUUUUCUAGAACAACACACUUGUUAGCACAUAAACUAGGUCCAACUGAACAAACUUGAAGACAAUUUACUGGAUUAGCUGUCAUCAUCAACGUCGUCGAGGAAAGCGGAACGCGGGGAAAGAUCGAUCGAUCGUUUCUGGAUCAUCGUCACCGGGAGGAGCUCCUGCGGACAAAUUUCGUGAAAUAAACACAUACAGACAUGCAUAAACAGAUAGCUGAGCAACUUAGGGUGGGCCAGUCCUAAAAAUCCUCACCGAUCACGCAUUUUUUUAAAUGAAAAUCAGCACACAAAGCUAAGGAUGCUUCCAUUCAGGUGGGCGCUGGGUGGUAGAAUCCGGUAGGGAUUAACCUCAACGAUACUAGACGGUUGCUAGAAUAAGUCAUCGAAUUGCAGUAGCUAAAUCAACUGAACGGACUAGGACAAUUUUUUGACAGUCGGAAAACGGUUUCAACGAAGAAUCUAACACGAAAACGGAAUCAAAAUUAACGCCGGCGUAGAACUAUUAUGGUCGCAGCAGCUGGCGGUCAGCAGGGAGGAAUGGAUGUCGGCUAUAAUCCACAGAUGAACAACAUGGCGAUGCAAUCGUCAUGGAAUCAAAUGGGCGGAAUGAACCAAAUGGGCGGUAUGAACCAGAUGGGCGGAGCAGGAGGUGGAGGGGGCGGAGUUGGUGGAACGGCCGGUGGAAUGAACCAAAUGAAUCCGGGUAUGAAUCCGAUGAGUCAGAUGGGCGGUGGAGCGGGAGGAGCAAAUGGAGCGAUGGGCAUGGGCGGAGGAAUGGCUGGCAUGAACCAGAUGGGCGGAAUGAACGGCAUGGGAAACUAUGGUCGGCAUCAUCAGCAGAUCAAUCCCAUGGCUCAGAUGAUGAACAUGGGCAUGGGAAUGGGUGGAGGUCAAAUGGGGCCGGGAGCCGGGAUGAACGGCAUGAACCAAAUGAACAGCAUGAAUCCGCUUAACCAAAUGAACCAAAUGUCACCGAUGUCUAAGAUGCAGGGGAUGGCCAACGGAUACCCUCCACACCCGAGGCGGAUGGCACCCUAUCCGAAUCCUCAGAUGCAGAUGGCCCAGAAAAGGUCAAUGUACGGAAUGGGUCAGCAAGGGAUGCCAGGAGCCGCCUCGCAGUUUCCUCCUCAUCAAUCCGGAUCGGGAGUUCCUCUUCCAAUGUCGGCCAGUGCCAGCUACGGAAGGCAUGGUCCUAUGCCCAUGAACUACCGGAGUGGUCCUCCGAUGAUGCAGCAGCGGCAAAAUACUCCGCCAUACGCAACCGGAGGAAUGAGUGGCCACAGUCAGCAGCAGCAACAGUAUUACAAUCAGGGCUACCAGAACAUGCAAGGUUACCAACAGGCCGACGCUCGUAUGAACUACCAGCACAGUCCGGUUCCUGGAAAUCCUACGCCACCCCUCACACCCGCCUCUUCCAUGACUCCGUACAUCAGUCCCAAUCCGGAUCUGAAACCAAAUGUACCACACAGUAAGUUGAUCUUUACCUUUUUGAACGAAACAAUAGUUUAUAAACAAACCUUUUCUCCUCCUCCAGAAGAUGAAGAACUCCGGCUCACGUUUCCGGUGCGAGAUGGCAUCCUGUUGCCACCGUUCCGACUCGAACAUAACCUCGCCGUAAGCAAUCACGUGUUCCAGCUGAAGUCGACGGUGUACAACACCCUGAUGUGCAGGCCCGACCUCGAACUGCAGCUCAAAUGUUUCCACCACGAAGAUCGGCAAAUGAACACAAACUGGCCGGCUAGCGUUCAGGUUUCAGCCAACUCCACUCCGCUGGAAAUCGACCGAGGGGACACCAAAAAUACCCACCGGCCGCUGUAUUUGAAGCAGGUCUGCCAACCCGGUCGAAAUACAAUUCAAAUUACCGUUAGCACGUGCUGUUGUUCGCAUUUGUUUGUCCUCCAGCUGGUCCACAGGCCGUCAGUCAACCACGUCCUGCAUACUCUCCUGAAGCGGAAUCUUCUUCCGGCGGAACAGGCCGUUACCAAGAUCAAACGCAACUUCACCGCCAACCCGAACGCGCAACCCCUCGGCGGCAAUGGUCCCGGGGGAGGGGGAGGCGACAAGGACUCCUCGGACAGUGCAAACACCUCAAAAGUAUCUCUCAAGUGUACCAUCACUUCGAAGCGAAUAACGCUACCGGCACGUGGUCAUGAUUGUAAGCACAUUCAGUGCUUUGAUCUGGAGGCGUACUUGGUUCUCAACUGUGAACGCGGAAACUGGCGGUGUCCUGUGUGCAAUAAACCAGCCCUUACCGAGGGACUAGAAAUAGACCAGUACAUGUGGGCGAUCCUCAAUACCCUCAACUCUUCCAAUGCCAUGGACUGCGAGGAGGUAGUCAUAGACAACCAGGCGAACUGGAGGGCGGUGAAGCCACCCGGUGCUGCAGUCACCGGCGUUGGCAACACUGUCCCAUCGGGUUCCAGCACUCCGGGAGGCGGGGAUCCAGGCAGCAAUCCGAGGGGAAGUUCCACCCCCGGUCUACCCAACAUCAAACCCGAUCCGGACGCGACCGAUAGCAAGCAAUUCUCCAAAGUCAUGUCCCCGGGAUCAACCUCGCUACCUACCUGGGACAACAUGAACGCCAUGAGUCCCUACAUGAGCCCGGACAUGAGCUCGAUCGCCAGUGGUAGUAUGAUGGGAUCAAGUUUCAACCAGCGGCCACAGUUCGAUUCUUUCGGCAACCAGAUCAAGCAGGAACCGAACACCAAUACUCCUGGCAGCUCGGCCAACAACAACAACAACGUCAACGGUCCGGGAACCCCGGGAGACUUUACCAACAAUCCCCUCGCACAUCUGAGCGAUUCAGUCAACUCGCUCGAUCCCCUCAACGCAAUGGAGAAAUCCCUCAAUGACCAGAUGCCCCACACUCCUCACACGCCGCACACCCCCGGCGGAGGCAAUGGUCACCCAAUGACGCCCGGUGGCCCACCAAGUGUACCACCGGCAGGUGAAACCAAUAGUUCCAGCAACGGUCCCAGUAGUAAUUCAAACAACAACAACAACGUCAGCAGUAGUUCCAACAAUCCUGGCAACCCUGUUGGCGGUAGCAAUAGCAUAAACAACAGCAACAACAACCAAAACAACAACGUCAGUGGAAUGAUGCAUUCGCCACAGCAUCAAACGACGGCACAGCAGCAGCAGGCCAUGGCGGCGAACAUUAUGAACUCGCCGCAGAGUUUGAUGAACUCCCCGCAGAACAUGAUGAAUUCGCCGCAACCGCAUAUGGCCAGUAGUUUGCAGCAGAAUCUGAUGAACACGAUGAACUCGAUGAUGCAGCACCAGCAGCAGCAGCAGCAAAGCAACGCCGGAAUUGUCGGUCUAACGGAUGUCGAUCUGCCGGCGGAUUUGAACUUCGAUCCCGCUGCCGUCAUCGAGGGCGAGGGUGGCAAUGAUUUGAAUCUUCUUCCGGACAAUGUGGUCGACCCGAUGGAGCUGCUGUCGUAUCUGGACCCCCCGCCGGAUCUCAACACCCCGCCCUCUAGUGGCUCCAGCAACAAUGCCAACAGCGACGACAUCCUCGCUGCCCUGUUCGACUAGUCUCGAUUUGGUGCUGCUGCUAGUGUGGCCACCUCCUCCUCCUCCGGUAGGAACAGGAAAGUUCCCUACAACCACAACAACAACCAAGCGAAAAUGUGAUCCAAUGAAGGUGAUGGGGUCGCCUCGAGGAGGAAGCAAAACUGGGCUGCAAAUAUUAAACAAAAAUUCAGAACAACAUUGAGGAAAGAAUGAUGAAGGUGAAAAAAACUUCGGAAUUAAACCUGCACACGCAAAGCAUCAGAAACAAAACAAGUUUGAAAUAAAUAAAAAACUGCAGUCUGUGUUACGAGUUUGCGGAUUCGGUUUUCUCUAGUUUUUCAUGUUGAUCAGCUACUUUUUUUCGGGGAUGAUCCUUGAAGCAGUUGACUCGCGGCGCGCAUGGGAAUGGAAACUGUCUAAAUUGUUUGUAUAGUAAUGUUUUUUUUGGACUUCAACCGCUUUUUGUGCCCGUUUGAAAAAAAAAACUGCAAACAAGCCGACCAACUCUCCUCUACAAAAGCAUGAAUUGUUGGGCGGAAGUAAGAUUUAAAACUUGAUGAAAUGUGAUUUCGAUCGUGGCGCUAAACUAAAUAAUUAUUUAAAUCAAAGAGCAAGAAGUGAUUGAGGAUAGUGGAACAAUGUUUAGUAACAAUCAUUGAGAGAGCGUGAGAGAGAGGAAAAAAUACACAAAGAUGGACCUAGAUGAUGAUAGCCAAAUAUUUGAAAAAAGGGAACAGAUGACUCCUCAAGAUUCAUUUUUUUUUGUUUGCUGUCUGAGUAGAACUUGUAAAUUUGUAGGAUCCAACUUGAGAGAGAGAUAGAGAGAUAAAAAGUGAGAAAGAGCGAGAAGAAACAAACAGAAAACAUUGGUAACAAAAAGUGCGAUUGUUUACCAGAUAAGUUUUUUAAUAUUGAAUAUUUAUUUUCCAUGAAAUAGUUUAAUAUCUUUUGUAAAAAGAAAAUUAUUUAUUAUGUACAAAGUGACAAGAAAAGAAAUCGAGAAGCGGAAAAAGAAGGGAAAAGGGGUCCGUAAUAAUAAGAAGGGUUCGUUCGUUAUUUCUUUAGUUAAGUGCUUCUUUUCACCAACUGAUGGGAAACAAGUUGAUCGACUCUGUUUUAUAGAGAGGUAAAAAUGAUCUAACCGAGAGAAGCAAAUUGUGGAUUCAUGAGGGGAAAAAACAUAAAAUCAAGUAAAGCAAAAUUAAGAGAAUUGUUUAAGUGAAAUGUUGAACUUAAAGAUAUUAAAUUUUAAUCAAAAAUGUACAAAAGAAUUAAGAACCCUAUUAAAUAAAAAUUUAAUAUAUUGAAUCGUAACUAACAAUAUUAAAACUAAGUCAUACACAAAAAAAACCACAUACACACCCAAGCGCAUAGACACAAAUGUAAAAGUAAACAACACAAGUUAAACAACAAUUGCGAAACAAAAAAGAGAAAAAACCGCUAAAAGUAGGUGGAAAUUGAAAUGGUUAUAAUUUUCGCUCUCUUAAAUGUUUGUAGAGUAUUAUUGUAUGCAAAAUAUUCAAUCUGUAUUUUGACAUAAACAACAACAAAAAAAAACAAGCAAGAAAAUUGACGUCAAGUUCUAGUGGAAUAACAACAACAACAAUUGAAUCGAUUACACGCAUAACACAGAUAGAGCAAAUAAUCGGCUUCAUCGUAGUGACCUUUGAUUUUUCGAUUUCGAUAUUAAUCCAAUAAGUCAGAAGUUAAAAACCAACAAUUAUUAUCCUAACAAAAUGAGAUCAUUCAAGAUGGCGCUGGGUGAACAAAAAAAAUCCAAUCGAAAGCGCACUUGUGGCCAGUAUUUUAUAGAGAUACUCUAAACAAAAAUUAACACAGUCACACAAAAUACAAGAAAAAAAACCAACGUACAUUUACCAGGCAAAUGUCAUCGCUUACUUUGUUCCUUUUAUUUUGCACAUCAACGAAACUGACGCUAACGACAAGAAAAGAAAAAGCACGGUAAAAAAAUAUUCUCGGAAAAUCAUCGCGCUACCGGUCAUUUAAUUAUUUAAUAAGUUAAUGUUGCAAUCUUUCGUUCCUCUCACCAGUCUCGCAAAUUUAGUAGAAGAAAAAACAAACAAUGAUAUCGAAAAGUUCCAUGCUGAUGCGAUUUGACGUAUCAGUAAAAUAAGCGUUUUACGUUUUAUUUUUUUGUUUUAAUCUGUUACCCUAACAGUUUAUUUGUUUUUGGCAAAUGGUUUCUUUCAAUCGAAAACUGAUUUGUUUCACCUCUCGAAGCAUUUUUUACCAGUCAAUCAACCAAAACAUCCAUUGUACUAUUUCACACCGAAAAGAGAGCAAAACAGAAGUAUUCAUCACCCUCUCCCGAUUGCCGAAUUCAUUGUCAUUUAUUGAAGUUAGGAAAAAUAUUGAAUAAAAAAACACAAAACUAGGAAUGUGGGUGAAUGUGACAGUUUUUAUAUCUUUAAGUGUGAAAAAGUCAAGAAAUACAAUCUGAAUACAAAACAAAAAGUAUAUUUUAACAUAAAAUAAUUGAAAAAAGAACACCCCUAACCAGAAAUUUUUGAGUCACACACAAAAAAGAUGAAAGGCAAAAAAAACAGAUAAAAAUAAAAAUUGAAGUGAAACUUCAGAAAUCAGUAAAGUAUUUCAGCAAAGAAUUUUACUAAAACACGGUUUUAACGAUUUUUUUGGAUACCGGAUAAGAAGAGGGAAAAUCCUUAAAAAAUCUUCUGUUUCCAAGCGCAGUUUUAAAUUUGAAAAACCAAAUUAAAAAUGAAAAUUAUUUUUAAAAAUAACAGUCAAACCUGUUCAAACCCUAUUUCAAGGUUUCAGUUGUUUGGCCUUCCAAUUCCAUAAAAAAAAUCCGGUACUAUUCUUCCAUUUUCUUUCAAAAUCUCUUCCGGAAACCUCAUGUUGAAGACAGAUUUAAAAUUCAAAACAAACAAAAAAUCUAAUAAAACGAAUCGAAGGUUAGUUAGUUGGUUAAGUUCACCACAAAGCAACAAAAACCCUUGUAUUAUUUUGUACAUAGAGUUAUCAAUGGGAUGAAUAUGCAGAAUGUAAAAUAAAGAAAAACAAAAAAAACAUCAUUAAAGCAUACCGCAGCAAACAAAAAAAAACCUAUGGUAACAAAACGAUUAUUGAAGAUAUAAAUUUAAACAAGAAAAAAAACUCUUAAAUUACCUAUAUUUAAGAAUUGAAAGCUGGAAAACACACAACAAAAAAACCAAACACACACAACAGCAAAACAAAAUCAGAACCCAAUGGACAGAGAGGAGAAGAAAAAAAAACAAUUUUGAAAAUAAAAUAAAACGAGCAAAAU